AUGUCGAAGCAACGUGAUAUUGACAUUGCCCCGAUCAGUGUGGCUGGCGCAAUUUGGAGAAAUACUCUCCCGACCAAGCUUCAGCAGCAUCUACCGGAUGAGCUGAAAGGUCAAGCCAAUUCCAUAUUCAGCUCCAUACUCGUUGCUAAAAAGUAUGCCGUGGGCACUGAUGCUCGAAAUGCAAUCGAUCGCAGUUAUCGUGAGCCACAGAGACUAUUGGCGAUUGCGGGAUUGGUUUCCUUGUCGCCGAUGCUCAUUGUGAUGUUCCUCCUGAAGAACAUCAAACUGGAUGAAAGUGGAGGAGCAAACGCCUCUGGGACGAUCAAAAAUGACGAAGCGACAAUUUCCGAACGAGAUCAUCAAGACAAGGGUAGGGGUAACAAGUAG